UUCCGGCCGCGGCGGCAGCGCCCUGGUUUCUGCGGACUGAACACCUAUCAGCCGCCGAGCCCCGCGCCCCCAGCUGUGCUCCUAUUGGAAUCCUUUGCAUCGCCAACAGCUUCCCCUGUUCGGACUUCUUUUCCAAAGUUGCCGAGAGUUGCAGAGGGAACUGCUCUUCCGUCCUUUUAAAGCGCCCGUGGAUUUAGGGUUUUGUGACCCCCACGACCCGCACUCGUUGCUCCCCAGCCGACCUCGCCCGAUCAUGGUGGUGUUCAAGAAGAUCAAGUCUUUCGAGGUGGUCUUCACCGACCCCGAGAAGGUGUACUGCAGCGGGGAGAAGGUGGCCGGCCGGGUGAUGGUGGAGGUGUGUGAGGUGACGCGGGUCAAGGCCGUCCGGGUGCUGGCCUGCGGGGUGGCCAAGGUGCUGUGGCUGCACGGGUCCCAGCAGUGCAAGCAGACCCUGGAGUACCUGCGCUACGAGGACACGCUGCUGCUGGAGGACCAGCCGACAGGUGAGAAUGAGAUGGUUAUCAUGAGACCUGGAAACAAAUAUGAGUACAAGUUUGGCUUUGAGCUUCCUCAGGGGCCUCUGGGAACAUCCUUCAAAGGAAAAUACGGGCAUGUAGACUACUGGGUAAAGGCUUUCCUUGAUCGCCCCAGCCAGCCAACGCAAGAGACAAAGAAAAGCUUUGAAGUGGUGGAUCUAGUGGAUAUCAACACCCCUGAUCUGAUGGCUCCCGUGUCUGCUAAAAAGGAGAAGAAAGUGUCCUGCAUGUUCAUUCCUGAUGGGCGGGUGUCUGUCUCUGCCCGAAUCGACAGAAAAGGAUUUUGUGAAGGUGACGAGAUUUCCAUCCAUGCCGACUUUGAAAACACAUGUUCCCGAAUCGUGGUUCCCAAAGCUGCCAUCGUGGCCCGCCACACUUACCUUGCCAACGGCCAGACCAAGGUGCUGACGCAGAAGCUGUCAUCUGUCAGAGGCAAUCAUAUCAUCUCAGGAACCUGUGCAUCAUGGCGUGGCAAGAGCCUCCGGGUGCAGAAGAUCAGGCCUUCUAUCUUGGGCUGCAACAUCCUCCGAGUUGAAUAUUUCCUGCUGAUCUACGUUAGCGUCCCUGGCUCCAAGAAAGUCAUUCUGGACCUGCCCCUGGUGAUUGGCAGCAGGUCGGGUCUGAGCAGCCGCACGUCCAGCAUGGCCAGCCAGACCAGCUCCGAGAUGAGUUGGGUAGAUCUCAACCUCCCUGAUACCCCAGAAGCUCCUCCUUGCUAUAUGGAUAUCAUUCCUGAAGACCACCGGUUGGAGAGCCCCACCACUCCUCUGCUAGACGACACAGAUGGCUCUCAAGACAGCCCUAUUUUUAUGUAUGCGCCCGAGUUCAAGUUCAUCCCACCACCUACCUACACGGAGGUGGAUCCCUGCAUCCUCAACAACAAUGUGCAGUGAGCAUGUGGGAGAGAAGAAGCAGCUGUAUCUACUUGUUUCUUUCCGCCUCUUCCUGGACUCUUACUUUUUCAGAGACUCAACAGUCUCUGCAGUGGGGUUGGUCCACCCCAGCCUCUGACUCCCCAGCGUAGGAGGUGACCAGCAGGCAGUCUAGUCUCCUGGGCCUUAAAGGAUGCACACCCAUCCUCAGCCAGCCAAGAUGUUGUGAUGUCGGGGUGUUUGCUAGAUGGGUUUAAAAACAUAGGCCCAUCCCAUUUUCUGAGAUCGCCUUGAAAAUUGGGGCAUAUUGAGUAGUUUUGAAUGGCCUCCUGGCAUGGUCUUCCCAAGAUUUUUUUGCAGGGGAAUAUAUAUAUAGAUCGUUAUAAUGAUACCAGAUCAUGAACGUCUGUAUCAUGUGGAGCAGAAUCAAUGUAGCAAACUGGGAAAAUGGAAAGGGGGGAAAAAUCAUCUUCAAAACUUUGGGAAAAGGAGGUUCUUAAAAUCAUCCUUGCCCUUUGUAAACUUACAGCAAAAAAAAAAAAAC